UUUUCCUCCUGCACAAGAAAACCAAAACCCAAUACAAAUAUGCAGCAUUCCUACCAGUAUCUUUUUAGCUCGAUCUCACUAUCCCUUCUUCCUCUUUGGUCUUCGUCUGCACGAUCAUCAACCUCUCAAGAGGAUUUUAAGAGCUAUGAGGCUUGACACUAGCGGUCUUGAGUCACGCGCGCCGCUGUUCGGCGAGAGCAGUGGGUUUCUUGACGGCGUUUCGGCUCCUCCGUCGUUCGAGGUUCCGACGACGAAUGAUUUUGAUGGAUUUCAGAAGGAAGCUAUUCAGAUGGUGAAGCCGGCGAAGGGGACAACCACACUUGCGUUCAUCUUCAAGGAUGGAGUCAUGGUUGCUGCUGAUUCUCGGGCCAGCAUGGGCGGAUAUAUCUCAUCACAAUCUGUGAAGAAGAUUAUUGAAAUCAAUCCUUACAUGCUUGGUACAAUGGCUGGAGGAGCUGCUGACUGCCAGUUUUGGCAUAGGAAUCUGGGGAUUAAGUGUCGGUUGCAUGAGUUGGCAAAUAAGCGGAGGAUUUCAGUUACAGGAGCAUCAAAGCUGCUGGCAAACAUUCUUUACUCUUAUCGUGGUAUGGGUCUCUCAGUUGGGACCAUGAUCGCAGGCUGGGACGAAACGGGUCCUGGAUUGUAUUAUGUCGACAGUGAGGGAGGCCGUUUGAAAGGAAUGAGGUUUUCUGUUGGUUCGGGCUCGCCUUAUGCUUAUGGUGUUCUGGAUGAUGGGUACCGAUAUGAUAUGUCUGUAGAAGAAGCUGCUGAGUUGGCUAGAAGAGCAAUAUAUCAUGCAACAUUCCGUGAUGGAGCCAGCGGCGGUGUUGCGAGUGUAUAUCAUGUGGGAGCAAAUGGAUGGAAGAAGCUUUCGGGAGAUGACGUAGGGGAGCUUCACUACUCGUACUACCCUGUGGUCGCAGGGGCUGUGGAGCAGGAGAUGGUCGAAGUAGCUGCACAUUGAUGAAACUUUGUGAUAUAUUUCCUUCCAUUUUCAUUUUAUCUGCUGUUACUGAUGCUUAAAGUUUCGGAUUCAAGUAAACCCUGACCCGGUGAUACGGUAUCACUCUAUAAUUUCUCCCGCAUCAACGAGAACAAAUUUUAUUUACGGGGAUUGGGCCCUCACCAUUCUCGUGAACAUGUUGAACAACCGACGUUGAUCAUUUCAUGCCGAAUCAAUCUGAUCCCUUAAGCCCAAAGCAUGCAAGUAUAAUAAUUAUGAAUAUAUAUUUAGUUGUUGCC